CCCCAAAAAAAAAAGAAGAAGAAAAAGGCUAGGUACCGUAAUGGUUUGUUUUCCGACGUUCUUCUCAGAAGUUUUCGUUAGAAAAGAGAAAAUAGUCUCCAGGAGCACCACUCCUCUAACCUUUCUACUCCCACCAACAACUCGACCUACGUCCGUCCCUCCGAUCAGAUUCACACGCUUCGCCAAAUGGAAGUAGAACCCUCACGUCGCCUCAAAUUCGGCACCAGUAUUCACAUAACGGCCAUCGACGGCAUCGUCAACGUAAACUCCCUCUUCACCCUCGGAGUCUUCAUCGGCUUCGCCUGGAACCCCACAGACCAAAAUAACAACCUCGUCGACGACCCCAACUGCAUCGCCGGCCGUCAAGUUGCAGAAAACCUUGUCUCCUUUCAUGUCUACUCCUUCAGCUCUUUUCUCUUUUCGAGCAUCAUCGCUUUGGCUCUCAAACAAGCCAUCAGGAUUGCAAAGAACAAUGGAGGAUCGUUCAUGCUUCAUGAUGCUAUGUUGGCUAGGAUUAAUAAAACGGCGUUAAGGGUUGGGAUCCUUGUUUCUGCUGUUGGAUCUGUGUCUGGGUGUCUGUUCUUGAUGCUUGCUUUGGUGAAUGUAGUUCAGAUCAAGCUUGGGACUUUGUCUUGUCGGAGUGUAAAUAGUUAUGGAGCUAUUGUGCCUCUUGUUAUCUUGGUUCCUUCUGGGCUUCUCAUCUAUGUCGGCAGCGUGUUGUACGCCUUGACCCGUUAGGUUUCUACUUUUCUUGCCCCGUAUUGUCUCUAUUUUCAAGAGGGGAAAACAGGUUUUUCAGGUGCUUGUAUGGAUUAAAAAUUGUAACAAGAUGAGCUUCCAUGUUCCUUGACCCUUUUAAACUUCAAUUAUGAUGGGUUUAGUGCACGAGUUCUUAAAUUACGUGGAUGCAAGAAAUUGUUGCUUGAUAA